AUGAUCCUGUCGGGGGCCUGCGCCGCCUUCACCCUCGUCUGUAUCUUGUCAUUUCUGUUCCUGCAUGGCAUCCACCUCAGCAGACCCAGCGAGCAGAUCAAGAUCAUGAGAAUCGGCCUACUGCUCCCUCUUUACGCCUGCAUUUCCUUCUUGUCCAUCUGUUUCCCCAAUGCCUAUGUGUACAUCAUGCCAUGGAUCGACGUGUACCAGGCCAUCGCACUGGCAACCUUCUUCCUGCUGAUGAAUGAUCUCGUCUGGCCCACCAGCGACCGCCGCGACAUGCACCUCAGCUCCAUGGCCGUGCCUCAGAAGGGCCGCAAGGCUGCCAAUGGCCCUCUCCCUGGCCACACUUGGUACAAGAGACGAUAUCUCGCCGUCUUCCAAUACAUGCCCGUGGCUCUUGUGGCUGCGGUCGCGGCCUGCAUCACUCAGGCGGCCAAGGUCUACUGUCUGGAGAGCAGCAAGCCGUACUUUGCACACUUCUGGCUGGACCUCAUCAAGUCGUUCGCUGUCACUGUAUCGGUGCUUUCCAACAUCAACUUCUACAAGGUGUUUGUGGCGCACCUCAAAGCUCACAAGGCAAUGUCCAAGCUUCUGGCUUUCAAACUCCCUGUCUUCUUCACCUUCGUGCUACAGAUCGUCUGGUGGGGGCUGCGAUCCCAAAAUGUUCUCAAGCCAAAUUCCAAGCUCACCUAUGCCGAUCUUUACCUGGGCAUACAGUCCCUGAUCAUCUGCGUUCUGAUGGUGCCUUUGUCCGUCUUCUUCUGGUAUGCCUACUCGAUCCAGCCUUACAGGAUCAGGCAUACUACCAAGUCAGUGAGCGAUGGGGAUGGGGAUGGAGAUGGGGUCUGGGAACCUACCCAGGAAUAUCAUCCUCUACGCCCCCUCAGCUACCAGGGUGGUUUCUUGGGCAUCCGUGCCUGGCUGGCAAUGCUCAACCCGUCCGAUAUCAUUCAAGCAUUCGGUUUCUGCUUUGAUUUGAUCUCGAACAAGGAAGGGCGGUGA